AUGAAUCAAAGUCUGGCUAAGUUCAAGAACCUUGAUAAUACGUUUAGUAUUGACGAGCAGAUGGUCCCUUACACCGGGAUGCAUAGCGCUAAACAACGCAUGAAGGAUAAGAGUAUCCGAUUUGGCUAUAAAAACUUUUGGCUGGUUGGCUCAUCGGGAUUCCCGUACCACUGCCUCCCUUACUGUGGUAAGAAAGGAAUUGGCGGAGAUCCCGGAAAGAACCUCACCAGUCGGGUUACCUUACAACUGGCCAUGGAGAUUCUUGAACCCAAAGAAAGUAACGUCUUUUAUGACAAUUGGUUUGCCAGCUAUAAGCUGUUGGCCAUAUUCUCUGCCAUGGAGCUUGGAGCAUCUUGUACUAUUCAAAGUCAGAGAACAAAUAGCUGCCCCACCAAGACUGAUUCUGCACUUAAGAAAGAAGGGCGUGGGAGCUUUUCAAAGGGAAUUGACGAGUUUACAGGGGUGACCAUUGUAAAAUGGCAUGACAAUAGCGUCGUGAAUGUUGGUUCCAACAUCUUUACUGUUAAUCCUAUCACAGAUGUGGAACGGUACAGUCAAGCAGAAAAGAAGAAGAUUCAAAUCAAACGGCCAUCUCUUGUCAAGGAGUAUAACAAGGGAAUGGGUAACGUUGAUGUGUUUGAUGGCCAUGUUGCUAGCUACAGAAUCUCUCUAAGGGGAAAAAAGUGGUGGUGGCCACACCUAAUAAAUACGCUUGAUUGCCUGAAAGCUGCAUCAUAUUCUUUGUAUGAGAUAUGUCAUUCGAAUGAAAAGACGAAACUGACAUAUCUGAACUUCAUUCGACGAAUAACAAUAGCCUACCUGAAGAAGAGAUUACAGCCCCCAUCAUCGCUAUGCCAAAGAGUUGCAGUGUGGAAGGGUGACAACAGAGUUACCCCAGAGGUCCGCCUGGAGAGUAGAACUAACACUCACUGGCCAGUAAAAACAAAGCAGAGACGAUGUGCUUUGAAUGGCUGCAAAGGUCGCAGCAACUAUAAGUGCGAAGUGUGUGACGUUGCACUUUGUGUGCUUUGUUUUAAGCCUUAUCAUCAGUUAGAGUAA